GAGAUGGCGGCCCGAAGGCAGGAGCAGAUCCUCGGGGCGCUGCUCUUCACCUGCAACGGCAGGUGCCCCAGGAUGUUCGGGAUGGACGCGAACGACGCGCUGCUCUUCAAGGAGAGGUUCCCGACGGCGCCCCUCCUUGGCUUCUACGCUGGCGGCGAGGUGGGCCCCGAGGCCGUCGAGGAG